AUGUCCGAAGGAACAAUAGAAACAAAAGCGGAACGGUUGGCUCAAGCUCGAAAAAAAUUGAGAGAUUAUCAGUCUAAACGUCGCGGCAAAAAUGCAGAAUUUACGAUAUCUCCGUCUCCAAGUGUUUCGAGUAUGAUUGAAAAUAGUGGACGACGAUCGCCCGUUAGCUUACAACUGUGCAGUCAUAUUGAGAUGAAAGAUACCUUCCAAAGAGUUCAAACAGGAUCACAGGGUUCCCCAUCGACGACGACACAAAGUGGCGCGAAUCAUAAUAUUUCGAAUGCUAGCAGCAGUGCUCCGAGCAAUGAUUUAAGGGGUAAAUUUCAACAAGAUAGUACAUCAGAAUUGUGUUCGAACAUACCGGAGGAUCUGCUCGACUUGAAGCAAGAAUGCAUUCGGUUAAGAGAAGAAUUAGCUUUACGUACAGCUGAGAAAGGGCAAUUUUCUUCGCAACUUGCAGAGUUGAUUGGACAUUAUUCACAGAUUCAUGCUGCUUAUACUAAGCUCAGUGAAUGUAUCAAGAAUGGCGACCCGGGUGGAUCUGCUUUACAAACGCAGCUCGUUCAUUUGCAAACAGCAAUGAGUGUUGUUGUCAAGGAGAAAACAGCUUUACAACAGCAAUUAAGACAAAAAAAUGAGCUAGUCGUGGAUCGAAAUAAGCAAAUUUAUGGUCUCACGAUCGAGAUGCGCGAGAAAACUUCAAAUAUUACAUCGUUGGAGGCUGAAAUCUUAUCAUUACGUAAAAAAAUCGAUUCACUGAGUAAUGCUGUGCAAAGGCAAGCAGAAGAAUCAGAGAACGGUCGACAAGAAGCAGUAAACUGGCAAACAAAAAUGCUUCAUAUACAGCAAGAGCGGGACGAUGCUAAGGAACGAUUGAAAAUCUGCAUGAAAGAAGCUGAAGCUGCUCAAGCAGAGCUCGAUGAGACUCGCAAACAGUUACGGAUGAAGGAUAUUUAUCUUCGUCAGUUAGAAGCAUACACUGGUGAGAAUACUCGAAAAGAAGAUGAUGCUCGAAAUCUUAGUGAUGAAAUUGAGCAAUUGAAGAGUGAACUGGUUAGAGCAGCAGAUGAGACAGAAAAGUGGAAGAAAGAAGCACAAUUAGCGCGGGAGCGUUAUGAAUUGUAUGGGACACAGCUAAAUCAGAAUAUCGUACAAAUGAGUGCAAAGUUGGAAGAAAUAUCAAAGAAGAAACUAAUUUUGGAAUCAAAAGUGCAGACCUUGGAAAGUCAAAUAGAAAUGCUGCAGGCAAUCGAUAGACCAAAUUUAGUAAAUAACGAUAAUAGAUAUGCUGUGAAUUCGGUCGAACUGCAGAAAGUGCAAAAUAAAUUGAGUGAAGCGGCGAAUGACUAUCAGAGAGCGAAACAACUAAUUGUGGAAUUGGAGGCAAAACUUAUGAAUAAGGAACAAGAAGUUACUAUGCUUUCUUCUGCACUUAGUGAUGAGAAAUCAAAAUUGAUGAAAAAAACUGCUGAGUUGGCUUUGGUUGAAGAAUCACUUUCAAGAGCUUGUGCUAUUGCUGAGGAGCAGCAAAAACAUACAGAGGGAGCACUUUCACUAUCAGAACAGCUGCAGAAUGAAAAAGCUACGGUUUCAAGAGCUAUUGCGCAGAAUCGUGAAUUGAAGGAGCAAUUGGUCGAGCUGCAGGAUAAACUAAUAAUGGUUACACAGGAAAGCAUGGAAAGAGAAAGUGGACGACUGAGUGCAUUGCAUCUGGUUAGUCAACUAAGAAAUGAAUUGAAUCGACUUUCCGGUCAAUCUUUUGAUGGUAAAAACGUUGAUUCUUUGACAGUUCCAAUAAUGCCGAACAACUAUGCAUAUCAGCAGCAGAAAUAUAUUCCAUAUGUUAAUUCAGGAGAUCGUGACGAGACUAUUUCAACCCCAUCGGUUUCUGAAUGCUAUGAAAGAGACGUGUCAUUAUCGCACACAGAAGAUACUCAUGCACAUACUGAACUAGAAUUAGCGAAUAUCAAAAUGGUUUUGGAUGAGUUAAGGCUUGAUCAUAGACGAGUAAUGCAGGAGAAUGAGGAAUUGCGCAGGAUAAUGGAACAAAAUUCUGAAGAUGAAAAUCAAAAUAACAUACACGUUGAACUGGGACAAGCAGUUGAGAGGAUUAACACACUAUCUGUUGAGAAUGAACAAUUGCGGAAUGAUGUUAGCGUGCUUCAAGAAAAAUUAAACAAUGCACCGCUGUCAAGUAAUAUUGCACUUUCAUCUCAGUGUGAGACGAUGUCGCCUGUUUGGAUAAAUGGUGAUGUCGUGAAACGACUGGAAGCACCUUCAAUAAAAGAAAAACCACUGGCUUGGACAGAAUUGGAGGCUCGUUUCACUCGAGCGAUGCAACAGGUUGCAGAUCUUGCUGAAGAAAAGGAACAAUUGCAACAUAUUGUAAUGCAAUUAGAGACUGAAAAUGAUACCAUUGGUGACUAUGUAACAUUGUAUCAACAUCAAAGAAAAAAAAUCAAUGAGAGGAUGCGCGAGAGAGAAGAAGCAGUUGCAAAAUUAUCUUUUGAAAAAGAACAGAUGCAGCAAAAGCUGAAUGAAUUACAAAAAGUUUUGAUAGAUCUACUAUCAAAGAAGGGACUGUUGCAUAUUUAUGGACAUGAAAAAGAAACGUUAAACAACUGUAAUGGAUCAUUGAAACAUUCACACAGUGUCCGUUCGUACAGAAAUGGUAUUGAGGAUAAAUUUUCUGGUGAUGAGGAAACAGUUGUUGAUGCUUCGAAAUUUGCUCCCAGCAGUCCAGAUUCCUGUGUUGACGUCUCAAGUGAGUUUGGCAGUACAAACCAUGAUUCUGGCAUCUCUAGAAGUAAAAUCAAGGAGCAUAUUUUGGAAGACAAUGCUGACGAUGAUGUCGGUGUUCAGAGGAUUUUAAAUUUGAUAUCAGAGUUGCAGGAUCUGGAACGUACAAGAACACUCGCACCUUGCAGUCCUAAUUUACACUGCAGCGAAUGCCGUGGAAAAUUGAUCAAUUUAUGA